AUGAUACAGAUUCUAAGGGCAAGUGAUCAAUCAAAGAAAAGAGGUGGUUCUGUUGUAGGACAUAAAUACAUAUGUUGCGAAAGAAGGAAGAAGGGUCAUGAUCGAUUGUUUGUGGAUUAUUUUGCAACAAAUCCAGUUUAUUCACCUGCAACAUUUCAGAGACAUUUUAGAAUGCGUCGUCAUCUGUAUUUGCGAAUUUUGAAUGCCAUUGAAGCAUACGAUACAUAUUUUGUUCAAAAAAAAGAUGCAACUCAUAUCCUCGAAUUGUUUCCACUUCAAAAGAUGACUUCAGCAAUUAGAAUGCUUGCACAUGGAGUGGCAGCAGAUGUAGUUGAUGAUUAUGUACGAAUUGGGGAAAAUACGGCAAUUGAAAGUUUGAAACACUUUUGCAAUUCAAUAAUCGAAAUCUUUGGACCUGAAUAUCUUAGAUCUCCAAUAACAACUGAUAUUGCUAGAUUACUUGCUAUUGGGUAG